AUGGAUCCAGAGAUAUUCGAUGACCUUGAUGAUAUUACGGAUUACGAUUUCUUAUCGCCUUCAAAAAGGCCGCGACUAUCCGACCAACACGCUAAUUCUAUAAACUUAGGUUCAGAAAACUCUAAUGCAAUUGAAUUCUUUGACGACUAUUUUCCUGACCUUUCCGGUGGUUCAACUUCAACAAGCACUGGAUCAAGGUCAACUCGUAGCUCCGACACUAGGGAGCCGAAGGACAAAGUUCCUGACGUAGGUAUCUAUCACGCAACCAAUCCCUUUCAAGCCUCAUUACCUUUGAUGAAGGACCUUGGAUGGCAAGGAGGAGUGACAUCGGAUCGACAAGCUGCACAUCAACCCCUGCCAACUGUGAAAACCAAGCUACGUGGUCAUAGGAAGCCAGGAGAAAGCCUUGGGAUUUGGGGAUCAAGAGCGGCAUUGUUGAAUACUUGUCAACCAAUCAACCAAGUCCAACUGUCUGAGAAUACUGAUAAACCUCAUGAUCUUGAACAUCUAAUCACUCAGAAAGAUAUAAUUGGAGAUCAAGAAAGCCAUCAAAUUUUCAAAGACAAAACUGGUACAAUUUUCAGAAAUUUUGAGAGUUUCAAAGCAGACCAAUCAACAGCGCAAUUGAUGAAGGGUUUUCAACAAUCUAACCGGGCACAUUUGCCUGAUGAAAUUCAUAGUGUCAUCCCACAGAAAGAUCAAAAUGAAAACCAAAGAAAUCAACAGUCCAUUGAACUUAAGACUAGGUUGAUUGGAAAAACAUUCAAACCUGGUAUGAUUGAGAAAAAAGUGACAGUCAAAAAGCCAGUGCAGAGAAAUGUUGGGGCAAGUUACAAGGAGUUGGACAAGUUCAGAGCAAAUAAGAAACUAGCUGGAAUGGUUAAACGUACCCAAAACUUGUCUUGGCGGCAGAAUGCUGAAGAUAAACAAAUAGCCAAAUCUAUUCAAAAGAAGAUAAAGAUGAAAAUGGAUGUUUUGAAAGAAUUGUAUAAGGUUAGAAUCAAUCCAAAAACCAAGUUCAAAUUGGGAAAUCUUUUACAGCAACCUGAUCCAGAAGUUUCAGACAAAGACAUCAUUAUUCAUGUCUGGAGUCCUCAACUUGGAUUACUGGAUCAAGAUGGGAAGAAGGCACAUCACAAUGUCUACAUCAAGAUUCCAUUGCAAUCUGAAACCAAGUUGGCACACAAUAAAGCAAAUCGUCUGGUGGGAAGAAUCAAGCGGAUUGCACUGACCUUAAAUAAUUUCAAUCACUAUCUCACCUUAGAUCAACAGGAUGAAGAAGAACUAGGAAAUCUUACUAGUCAUGAUCACCAGGAUCUAAUGGAAUGGUUUUAUGAUUUGAUCUUUACUGAUACUCAGGAUCACCUUCCUCUCCUGGGUUGGGCACAACUCAAAUUGCCACUAACAGAAGAAAACUAUCAUAAGAGGCUCAAUCCCUCUCAGAUACUUCUGUACAAAUCUUUGACUCAGCAAAAAAAACUCACACGUUCUCAAUCUGCUCAUGUUGCCCUUCAACUGCGUAAAACAUGGUACCAGUUUAAAGACGCAAGAUUCCUCAAGAAAGGCAACUGA